AAGGUAAUUGAAACCAACCCUAAGCUCUUUUUAUCUCCGCCCUAAAGGUAGUCCCGAUUAUUGCUGACUUAAGCAUUGGAGUGUCUACCCCGAGUUCCACCUUGGGGCUUUGCAGGUCAUCCUAGAGUACAGACGCGGACUGAAGAAGGACUUCUAGUUUGGUGCAAUUACAUUGGCGCCGUCUGUGGGAACCCGAACUGAAAGCUUUCUAGUUGCUCUUUCAUCAUGGUUCACACUCGAUCAGUCAGAGCUGGUAAUUCAUCUCUGCCUCAUGGGCAAGGUCAACCCCCCCAACAACCUUCCACCUCUGAUCCCACCUCAACUUACACCUCAACUUACACCUCAGCUUCCACCUCAAGUCCUAACUAUGUUCCCUCCUGUUGAUCAUGCAGAAGGAGGAGAUGAAAACCAACCUCAUGCCUCAGCUCACAACUCAACUUCCACUGCCAACCAAGACGUAGUGACAGCUCAGCUUGCUGCCAUGUAACAACAGUUCGGUGUUUUUCAGUUGGUACUGGCUCAGCUUUUAGCUAGAAAUAAUCCUGGUGA